AAGUUAUUGUACGAUAAGCAAUCUAGAAAGCAUGUGGCAGAUAGGCAAUUCCUAUGAAUCUUUUUAGAUUUUCAAGAAUACUUAGAGCAUAUCCCACAUGCUCCUAAUUUUGCUAGAAUAGUCCUGCCUCUUCUCUUUCCACUCACACUCUUUCUGCAAAAAAAAAUAUGGGUAUGGAGAGUGCAUUUACAUUGACAAAACUUUCCACUCCACCAUUGUUUUGUGCCAGUUCCUCCGCUCAUUACCUUAGAUCCUUGUCAUUAUUACCUAAAUUGUCUUCCUUUAAAUACUCUUUUGGGACUAAAAUAUCAUCAUCUGCUCCUUUUAUUGUCACUGCCUCAUCCUCUCCAUCAUCAUCAUCAUCAUCUCCUUCUACAACUGUUGCCCAAUCACAGGGUCUCAAGAUUAAUUCAAUUCCUACUAAGCCUAUUGAAGGUCAAAAGACCGGAACUAGUGGUCUACGCAAAAAGGUUAAAGUGUUUAUGCAGGAAAAUUACCUUGCCAAUUGGAUACAGGCAUUGUUUAAUUCAUUGCCAUUAGAGGAUUAUAAGAAUGGGCUGUUGGUCUUAGGAGGUGAUGGUCGAUAUUUCAAUCGAGAAGCUGCACAGAUAAUCAUUAAAAUUGCUGCGGGUAACAGUGUUGGUAAAAUAUUGGUUGGCAAGGAUGGUAUACUGUCCACGCCAGCUGUGUCUGCUGUGAUACGGAAGAGAGAGGCAAAUGGUGGCUUUAUAAUGAGUGCAAGCCAUAACCCUGGUGGUCCUGAGUAUGAUUGGGGUAUCAAGUUCAAUUAUAGCAGCGGCCAACCAGCACCUGAGUCUAUCACGGACAAGAUCUAUGGAAACACCCUUUCUAUUUCUGAAAUAAAAAUUGCCGACAUUCCUGAUGUUGAUCUUUCUCAACUUGGGGUUACAAACUAUGGAAGUUUUAGUGUGGAGGUGGUCGACCCUGUGGCUGAUUAUUUGGAGCUAAUGGAGAAUGUAUUUGAUUUUUCACUCAUUAGAAGUCUUGUUUCACGACCAGAUUUCAGGUGUGUUGUUUUAUGCUUCCCCUGUUAUCAAGCAUUGUUUUACUUAUGCUGUUUAUGUAUUUCUAAUUGGCUAUAUCAUAUUUUUCGUGGACAUUUCUCGGACUUUUCCCCUGCCUAGUUUCAUAAUGAUUUC